AUGGGGGUGACAGGUAUCAGAGCAUUUCCCUGCUGUGGCAAGGAUUCAGUGGACGUUGUGGAAAGACAGAGUGACCAUCACCACCACCAUACCCACGAAGAAAAAGAGGAUGAAGAUACAGAGCUGGAAGAGGAGUUACCAAGGACGGAGCCCCCACCCAAAGUGGACCCAGAGCUAGGUCCAGUACCACAGCUGGAGGACAUGGAGCCAGAAUUACCCUCUAAACUCACACCUGAGACUGAAGGAGACAGCAACCCUGAAAGCCCGGAGCAGCAGAACUACAGGAUCGAGUCCCUCAAGCCCUAUGAAGAAGAGCUGAUGGACACAAAUGACUUCAGGCCCUGGGGCUUCAAUGUGCACUCAGCCAACGAGGAGGAGGAGAUGCAUGGCCCGUACCGAUCCAUCCCUGUGCAGACCUCUAGUCAUCUUUUCUGGUCAAACAAGCUGAUCCAGGCGUCGGAGCACAGUCUACAGAAGGCCUUAGAAAAACAUCACAAGAGCCCCCAGGAGAAGUCCGUCUCCAUAUCCCAGGUCUACACAGAAAGUACCCAACUGCCGUCCAGCCCCCAAGUGUCUCGCCCCACCACGCCCACAGCCAUCGGCCUGGCCGAUCUGAUCAACUUCGCAUCGUCCCUGGCCGUAGCCUCCUCCAGCAACAUGGCCUUGCCUAACUUAGAGAACAUGAUCAAAGGAACAUCUGAGAAGUCGCAGAAUACCUCUUUAGACUUUUGCCAGCCUGUCCAGGCCAUCAAGUUUGCCCAGGCUACCCAGAUCACCCAGAUAUCCUCAGAGAAGCAAGAUCAGUCCCCCAAAAACAUGGCUCACAAAUCUUGGACUCAGGAAACCAGGAACGUAGCUUGCUCUUACCUGGAUAUUAACCAGGCAGGGCUCAAGACAGCUACCAUCCAAGGGGAAGUGAAAUUAGUCCAGACACCAAUCACAUCCCCUCAGCUUCAGGAAGCCAAAGAGGACUCGGUGCCGGGAACCAAGAAAGGGAAUCCAUUAUUGCUGAAAAUCCAUUUUAAGCUGUCAUCCCCCUCAGCCCCAGAGAAAUGA